UAAGCGUGAGAGUGAUCGCCGGCGACGCCGAGGGUUUCUCUCGCCGCAACGACGAGGGUUUCUCCGAUUUGGAUUCGAGAUCACAAGGGGGAAGAGGCACAAAGUGAUUAUAAUAAAGAAUGGCUGAAGGAAAUACUUUAGUGGCUAUUUGCCAAUAUGGUGGCGAAUUUGUUACAAACAGUGAUGGGUCCAUGUUUUAUUAUGGUGGCGAAGCACAUGCUGUUGACGUUAAUCGUGAGACGCUACUUGAUGAUCUUAAGUCAGAAAUAACCAGUGUGUUUGGGAUUGAUCUCAGUGGCAUGUCCAUGAAAUAUUUCCUCCCAAACAAUAGGCGGACCCUUAUCUCGAUAUCUAGUGACAAAGAUCUUCAGCGGAUGGUUGAAUUUAAUUUAAAUGUUAGAAAUACAGAGGUUUAUAUUGUAAACAAAGUUGAUAACAGAGCAACAAGGAGCACUGUAGCUGAUUCAGGAACAUCUGUUAUUGCUGUCUCAGACACUGGUUGUGGUGUUCGGCGAAAGAGGGUGACUAAUGGUGGAAGGAUGACUAGAAGCCGGACACGGCUAGAUGAAGCUAGUAACCUCCUUGCCUCCACUAAUGCUGCCAUGAAUACUGUUGUAGAAAAGGAGCAUAUUGAGGAUGAGAAGGUUGACCUCAGGCCCAUUGUUGCCAACAUGGGACCACCAGCUGUUGUAGCUGCUGCCAAUGCUGUAAAUGUCAAGGACUGGAGGCUGACUGUUGGUGACCAGCUGGAUGAGACGGCAACUGGGAACAUUCAAGCUGAACCAAGUACCCCACUUUUUGCCUCUCUAACAACUCUCGAUGAUGUCCGGCCGGUCAAUUCGAAUCCUGUUUUUGGCACAACUAUUACUGGUGUAGGUCAAGAGUUUGAUAAUGUGAAGGACUUCCGUGCACAGUUGUGCAGGUACGGCCUUGAGAAAGGUUUCAUAUAUAGAUUCAUCAAGAAUGAAACUAGCCGUGUGACAGCAAGGUGCAUUGGGGAGAAUUGCCCAUGGAGGAUAUAUGCAUCUGAAUCAUCACGCAAGCAAAAAUUCAUCAUUAAGAAAAUGAAUCAUUUGCAUACAUGUGGUGGAGGAAAUGGCAAAGAUGGCAACAGGCGGGCAUCAAGGCAAUGGCUGACAGGUUUCAUCAAAGAAAAACUGCAUGAGAGCUUGCAGUGUAAGCCCAAAGAAAUUGUAAAAGAACUUUAUGAUAUUUUUGGUGUGAAUGUGAGCUACUCACAAGUAUGGCGAGGAAGAGAAGUUGCCCAGAGAGAGUACAUAAAUACAAUCAAGGAGACACACAACCAGUUGCCUUGGUUUUGUGGGAGAAUUCUUGAAACUAAUCCUGGCAGUGCAGUCUUUCAUAUCACGUCACCUGAUUACAAGUUCCAACGGUUUUUUGUUGCUUUUAAUGCGUCCUUGCAUGGCUUUGAGCAUGGCUGUCGUCCGCUCCUUUUUCUUGAUAGGAUUUCUCUGAGAUCAAAUACUCAGUAUAAGUUAUUGUCAGCAGUUGCUGUGGAUGGAGAUGAUGCAGUUUUUCCAGUUGCCUUUGCUUUAGUAGAGGAUGAGAGUUAUAAUAGCUGGCUUUGGUUCCUUGAACAUCUGAGAUAUGCUUUGCCAACAACAACUGGCUCAAUCACCUUUGUGUCCAACAGACAAAAAGGCCUGGAAGAAGCAAUUCCUCAAGUUUUCGUGGAUUGUCACCAUUGCUAUUGUUUGCAUCAUCUCAUGGAGGAAUUCAAGGAAGAGCUGAAGAAGGGAAUGUGGCCUCAACAAGUCAAAGAUGCAAUGGCUAAUGAUUUUACAAGGGCUGCCCAAGCCUGCACAAUCGAUGAAUUCAAUUCAUGCAUUCAGAACAUAAGAAAUAUUUCAACAGAUGUUGCAGAUUGGGUUAUAGCUUCUAAGCCUGAGAAUUGGUCAGAUGCUCUCUUUAAGGGCUCUCGGUAUGACCAUUUUGCAACAAACAUCAUGGACUCAUUAAACUCUUGGAUACCGUUGAAACAUGAGUCAACAAUAGUGCAAAUUGUCAACUCGAUACUAUGUAAAUUGCUGGAGGUGAUGCAAUUGAGAAAGGAGGUGUCCAGCACAUGGUGCAGCAUUCUAACACCGGCUACGGAGCAGAAAUUGGAGAAAGAGAUAGCAAAUGCACGCAAACUCGAUGUCUUGUGCUCAUCUGAAUCUGUUUUUGAGGUGCGUGGGAAUAUGGUCCAUGUCGUUAAUACUGGAAGCUGGGAAUGCACAUGUCGGAGAUGGCAAGUCUCCGGUUUGCCAUGCAUGCAUGCCAUUGCAGCCUUAAACAAGAUUGGCAGAUCAGUUUAUGAUUAUUGUUCAAAAUACUUCCGAGCCGAUGUUUAUCAAAUGAUGUAUUCGGUAUGUGUCCAACCGAUACCUGAUAUUGAGACUGUCGACACCAUAGAUUUCGCAGGCGAGGGAAAUUUAUUUCCUAUGCCCGUUCGUCGCCCGCCUGGACGACCAAGGAGAAAGCGAAUCAACCCAAACAAGCCAGUUACAAUGCAGAGGCUCUGCAGCAAGUGCAAAGAAGCUGGACACAAUAAAGCAACUUGUGAAGCUCUUCUGUAGAAAUUGAAUGUUUAUGCUUUCCAUUCAGAUAAUGUACAUUCACAAAGUUGCCAUCUUUUAGAGAUUUGCAUUGAUAUGGUAGGCAAUGUUUAUUUUUUUAGGCAUUUUGAUAGAUAUUUCUGUUACUCUUUUUUUUUUUAUUAAAA